AUGUCGACGCAAUACUCAAUUGACUCUGUCGGGUCUUACAUGCAGGCCAUGAACAGCAUGGUCUCAGCAGCUCAAAACUUCAGAUUUGGAUCCAAUAUGCCUAUUCCACCAGAAAUCGACAACGAGGUCGAUCAGCAAAAGAGCGAUUCUUACGUGCAACUGACAACACUGUCUCAGGACAGAAAUGAAUGGGACGAUAUUUUUGACAGCUUUGGAGAGCUGUCGCGGGAAAAUGCGCUCAGGGCCAUAAGAGAAGUGACCUCGGACGACAAUGGCUCAUUCGAUAUUUUGAAGGACUUGCGAGGCCUUGUUGAAAACGGGCCAACGAACGUUGAUAGUCAAACUUUAAUACAGACUUUACUGGCUUUACUGAAAACUGAUGAUCUCAAUAUACUGCAAACCGAACUUUUCGACUUUUUAGGCGACGAAAACAUUACAUUGAUUUCCUUUUUGAUAGAGAAUCGUGAGUUUCUGCUAGCCAUAUCCCAAGAGGAACUCCAAAAAUCAUUUGAAAAACCUUCAGACGAAGAGAGAUUUCUGUCUGAGAAGGAAAUUCGUGAAAGCGUUCUUAAGACGGCACAAGACAUAAAAAACUUGCAGUUGAAUCCAUUACAGAAGGAAGAACAGUAUCCACACGUCUUUCGAAAAUCAGAAGCUGGAUCAAGUUGCACGCUCUCGUUUACCGGUCAAAAAUUUGCGUUGCCUGUGGGCACUACAAGGCAGUCUUACGCCUCCCGAGAAGAGAUUAUAAUACCGUGUGCGGAUAAAGGUUUUCAGAGAUCUCUGAGAUUCAAAUCCAUCAAGGUUGCUGACCUCGAUAAGUUUUGCACCUCGGUGUUUAGUUAUGAGUCUCUAAACGCCAUUCAAAGUUUGGUAUACCCCGUCGCAUAUGAAACAAAUGAAAAUAUGCUUAUCUGUGCUCCCACAGGUGCUGGUAAAACAGAUAUUGCGUUACUUACCAUCUUGAAUACAAUAAGACAGUUUUCAGAGAUAGACGAAGAAGAAAACAUUGGCAUUGAGUAUGAUUCUUUCAAGAUUGUUUAUGUCGCCCCACUAAAAGCGUUGGCAGCUGAAAUCGUCGAGAAGUUCAGGAAAAAGCUGUCAGUUUUUGAUGUCAAGGUGCGGGAGCUUACUGGUGAUAUGCAACUAACCAAAGCUGAAAUUAUGGAGACUCAAGUUAUUGUCACAACUCCGGAAAAAUGGGAUGUUGUUACAAGAAAAGCAAACGGAGACAACGAUUUAGUAUCUAAGAUCAAGCUUCUGAUUAUCGAUGAGGUUCAUUUGCUACAUGAAGAAAGAGGUUCUGUGGUAGAAACGCUGGUGGCCCGUACAUUGCGCCAGGUCGAACGGUCACAGUCAAUGAUUAGAAUCCUUGGUCUUUCGGCCACACUUCCUAAUUUCAUUGAUGUUGCAGACUUCUUGGGAGUCAACAGACAUGUCGGUAUGUUUUAUUUCGAUCAAUCGUUCCGUCCCAAGCCGUUAGAACAACAGUUGUUGGGCGUUCGCGGAAGAGCAGGAAGCAAACAAGCUAGAGAAAACAUUGACAAUGCUGCUUACGAGAAAAUGAUAGAUAUGAUUGAGCGAGGAAAUCAAGUCAUGGUAUUCGUGCAUUCGAGAAAAGAUACUGUAAAAAGUGCUCGAACUUUUAUUUCUAUGGCUCAAUCCAGGCACGAAAUAGACCUAUUCACUGAAGCCUCGACGAUCAGAGACUCUUUUUCUAGAGAAAUGACGAAUAACAAGGACAAGGAUAUCAAAGAGUUGUUUCAAUCAGGGUUUGGUGUGCACCACGCGGGUAUGUCACGAUCUGAUCGUAACCUCUCUGAAAAAAUGUUCAAAUAUGGUGCGAUUAAUGUACUUAUUUGCACAGCAACCCUAGCGUGGGGUGUCAAUUUACCCGCGGACUGUGUUAUUAUAAAGGGCACCCAAGUUUAUGACUCCAAAAAGGGUGGAUACGCUGACUUAGGGAUCUCAGAUGUGAUUCAAAUUUUUGGUCGUGCCGGUAGGCCAGGUUUCGGCUCUGAGCACGGUACUGGUAUACUUUGUACCACUAGCGACAGCCUCGAUGAUUACGUUUCACUUAUUACUCAGCAGCAUCCCAUCGAAUCGAAACUGGGGAGCAAAAUUGUCGAUAAUCUUAACGCUGAAAUAUCUCUUGGGAGUGUCACAAACGUGGAGGAGGGUAUUCAAUGGCUUGGAUACACAUAUCUAUAUGUGAGAAUGAAAAAAAAUCCGUUCAGCUAUGGUAUAAACUGGGACGAACUCAAGGAGGAUCCUCAGCUGUAUGAGCGGAGAAGAAAAAUGAUUAUUACUGCAGCAAAAAGGCUACACACUUUGCAGAUGAUUGUGUUCGACGAGGUGUCGCUAAACUUUAUUCCCAAAGACUUAGGUCGUAUCUCGUCCGAUUUCUAUUUGUUGAACGAAUCAGUUGAGAUUUUCAACUCACUGUGCAACCCUAGCGCAACCGAAGCGGACGUACUGUCUAUGAUCAGCAUGAGCAGUGAGUUCGACAAUAUGAAAUUUAGGGACGAAGAGGCAACAGAGCUUUCUCGUUUGAUGGACAAUUCCGUGGAGUGCCAGAUAGGCGGUGAGGUCGAGUCGGCACAAGGCAAGACCAAUAUACUGCUGCAGUCGUACAUUUCAGGAGCUCGAAUAUUUGACUCAGCUCUCUCGUCUGACGCCAAUUACGUUGCUCAAAACUCCAUCAGAAUUUGCAGAGCGCUAUUUUUAGUCGGCGUCAAUAGGAGAUGGGGCAAUUUCUCCAAAGUAAUGCUUGAUAUUUGCAAAUCCAUUGAGAAGAGAAUGUGGGCUUUCGAGCACCCAUUGUGCCAAUUUGAAUUACCAGAACCCGUGACAAGACGGCUUCGAGAGAAGAAACCAUCUAUGGACAGUCUUUUGGACUUAGAUCCAGAAGAACUCGGUGAGCUCGUGCACAACAAGAAGGUCGGAAAUAAGCUCUACAUCAUAUUGAACAAGUUCCCUAUUAUUGACAUUAAUGCGGAAAUAUUCCCAAUCACCACCAAUGUUAUGAGGGUUCACGUCACGCUGAUUCCAUCUUUUCAAUGGGACAUUAGAGUACACGGCAAUGCGCAAUUUUUUUGGCUCUUUGUUGAAGAAUCCGACAGGUCUCAUCUGCUGCAUGUCGAGAAGCUGAUUAUUAACAAACGCCAAAUGUCCAACCCACAUGAAAUAGAUUUUAUGAUUCCACUCUCAGAUCCCUUGCCACCUCAAGUCGUCGCGCGAGUUGUUUCCGAUGUUUGGAUCGGGAGUGAUUCCUCCCAAAUAAUCUCGUUUCAACACCUCAUUAGACCUCAUAACGAAACUUUGCAAACCAAAUUGCAAAGACUUAGACCAUUGCCGAUUACGGCUCUCCAAAAUGAGCUUUUGGAAGAAAUAUACCCCUUCAAGUAUUUCAACCCGAUGCAAACCAUGACUUUUCACACUCUUUACAACACCAAUAACAGUGUCUUUGUAGGGUCACCAACUGGGUCUGGUAAGACUAUAGUAGCAGAAAUCGCUAUGUGGAAUGCUUUCAGGUCGUUUCCUGGAAGUAAGGUGGUUUAUAUUGCUCCUAUGAAGGCAUUGGUGAAAGAAAGAGUCACAGAGUGGAGGAAAAAGAUUACCCCUGUGACUGGGGACAAAGUCGUCGAGCUGACCGGUGAUUCUCUUCCCGAUCCAAAAGAUGUUAGAGACGCAACAAUCAUCAUUACUACGCCCGAAAAGUUCGAUGGUAUCUCACGUAAUUGGCAGACUCGUAAGUUUGUUCAAGAGGUAUCUUUGAUUAUUAUGGAUGAAAUUCACUUACUGGCAAGUGAUCGUGGGCCAAUUUUGGAGAUGAUUGUAAGUCGUAUGAACUACGUGGCUGCUCAGACAAAGAAGCCAGUUAGACUUCUCGGGAUGUCAACUGCCGUUUCAAAUGCCUACGAUAUGGGUGGUUGGCUAGGAGUCAAAGAUGACGGGUUGUACAACUUUUCAUCCAGUGUUCGUCCUGUUCCCUUGAAAAUGUAUAUUGAUGGGUUCCCGGAUAACCUUGCAUUUUGCCCGCUCAUGAAAACAAUGAACAAACCUGCUUUCAUGGCAAUCAAACAGCACUCUCCUGAGAAACCGGUUUUGAUUUUCGUAGCAUCGCGUAGGCAAACUCGCCUAACUGCUCUCGAUUUAAUUCACCUCUGUGGUAUGGAGAGCAAUCCCAGACGAUUUUUGAAAAUCUAUGACGAAGAAGAACUUCAAUACUAUUUGUCUCAAGUGUCCGACGAGACUCUUAAGUUGGCACUACAGUUUGGAAUCGGUCUCCAUCAUGCAGGGCUUGUGGAAAAAGAUCGGUUCAUUUCUCAUGAACUGUUUCAAAAGAACAAGAUCCAAGUCUUGGUGGCUACAUCGACUUUAGCCUGGGGUGUAAACUUGCCUGCUCAUCUAGUUAUCAUCAAGGGAACUCAAUUUUUUGAUGCCAAAAUCGAAGGAUACCGUGAUAUGGACCUUACUGAUAUCUUACAGAUGAUGGGAAGAGCGGGUAGACCUGCCUAUGAUACAUCUGGUACCGCCAUCGUUUACACCAAACAGUCAAAGAAAAUGUUCUAUAAGCACUUUUUGAACAUCGGAUUUCCAGUUGAGUCAUCCUUGCAUAAAGUUUUGGAUGAUCACUUGGGUGCCGAGAUUGCAUCCGGUUCGAUAUGCAACAAGCAACAAGCAAUGGACUUUUUGAGUUGGACAUUUUUCUUCAGAAGAGCCCAUCAUAAUCCAACAUACUAUGGCAUUUUGGAAGAUACGUCUGCAAGUGGCAUCAACAAACACCUAAGUGACCUCAUUGAUGAAACGCUCGAAAACUUGGCAGAGUCCAGCUGCGUUUUGAUGAAGGGAACUGAAAUUGAGCCCUUGCCUUUUCUGAGUAUUUCAUCCUACUAUUAUAUUUCUCACAAGACCAUUCGUCAACUACUCAAAGGCAUACGCAAUAAUGCAACAUUUCAGGAUGUGUUGAAGUGGCUUUCUGUUGCUGUUGAAUUUGACGAGUUGCCGGUCAGAAAUGGGGAAAUAAUUAUGAAUGUCGAGAUGUCGGCGCAAUCUCGUUACUCAAUUGAAAGUACGUUUACAGGGGAUGACGAGCGCCCUAUGUGGGACCCUCACUUGAAAGCAUUUUUGCUAUUACAAGCGUUUUUCAGUCGUGUGGACCUGCCCAUAGCUGACUAUCAUCAGGAUCAGAUCUCCGUCCUAGAUCAGGCAUUGCGUAUUCUCCAGGCAUAUGCUGAUGUUGCAGGGGAGCUCGGAUACUACUCUACUGUGCUAACAGUCAUCAAGGUUAUGCAAUGUGUGAAGCAAGGCUGCUGGUACGAGGAUGAUCCCGUCAGUCUUCUCCCGGGUGUUAGUCUUAAGAGACUUCCCGACUCGAAGUUUGGAGAAUCUGGUUUCCCAAUUGAAAGUGUUGCUUCGACGAGUCUAGAUGACGUUGGAAAGCUAGGCUACAAAAAACUUGAACAACUAGCCAAAAAACUCAAUGUCACAGAGGAAUCUGUCGGUGAUUUUGUUCAGCAGGCCAUGAGAUUGCCUGUUCUCACAGAUAUUCAAGUCGAACCUCAGGAAAGUCCGGAGACUUUGGUUAUUUCCGCUAGACAUGCUGGAUCCAAAGUCAACAGAAAUUUCGAGGUUUACUGUGACAGGUUCCCCAAAGUGCAGAAAGAAUUGUGGUUUAUUAUCGGUUACCAAGGUCAAGAGCUUUUGAUGGUCAAGAGAUGCCAACCCAGAAAGAAAAAUAGAAGCGUUGUUUUGAGUUGCGAUUUCAUCAUAGCCGAGGAAUUACAGGGCCAGAAGGUUAACUUCACUAUUAUAAACGACGCGCUGGAUAUCAGGUACGAGUUGGAGCAUACUUUAGCAGCACGUUAG